UCUUGUAUUGACUCUGCCAACAGAAGCUUACUAGGGCAUUUUCACUAGGCGCUUGUGGCUGUGCUAUUCACUGCGAACGACAUGGAACCAGAUGGGCUUGCAAACGAACUCGUCUGAAUUGCUUGUGAAGGAAAUACAAUGUCCAAUUUUAAGGACACAAACUCUACCCCAGACGGGUAUAGGGCUCUAAACAUGAGUGAAUUGCAGGAGCUUUUACAAGAUAAAGAAAAAAUGGACCAGAUCGUCCGACUCAAUGAGAAGUUUCAGGAGCUGCAGGUGAACAGAGCGAUCCUGCUGACCUCCAACCGGAGCUUGGCCGAGGAGAGCAUCGCCAGGCGACCUCGCCUCAACAACGGAAAACUCCAGCUUGCCGAGAAGUACAAGGAGCUGGCCAAUCUGGCAACCAUCUGUUGGGAAAAACAGAGCCGGCUCGUGCCCCACACACAGAAGCACAGCCUCCAAACAGCACAAAAUCUUCUCCAAGAAGAUGUGGCGCGUGCUGAGGAACAGUCUGAGGACCUCCUGGAGAAGUUCAUGGAAGGGAACGUGCCCUUGGAGGGGUUCCUGGACUCCUUCCAAAGCUCCAGGAAGAGCUACCACAUCCGCCGUGUUCAGGCAGAGAAAAUCCAGGAGCUCAGCCGAGCCAAAGAGAAUUCCAGCAAACCCAAAAAGCUAGAGGAGCGAGAGGACAAGGCGCGGGAGGUGAAGAGAGACGAGCACCCUGAAACCCAGCAGCCCAACGGCUUCGUGGCCCAGGGCCCGCCCCGGGUCUUCCAGCUCCGCUACGGCCUCACCCCCGCCAUCCUGCUGCCCCACUUCCCCUUGCCAACCACCUUGCCCUCUGCCCCGUCCCACGCCAGUCUACCUCCGCUGGACUCCCAGCCGGGCCAGACCCACAUCCUGAGCCCAAAUGCCCAGUUCUCGGGACAUGGGCACCCUGUGAACCUACGGGUCAUUGGACAAUUACCCGGUGGCUGGCCAACCAGACCGGUGCGGUUACAGCAGCUCUAUAGACCUGCCACUCACCAGCCUGAGCCUCUAUACCGAUAGCUGAGGCAUGGGCCCUGGAGGUCUCUAGACAUGGAACCAAACAGCGGCUACCAGACUCAUGCACGCAAAGAUGGCCUUUGAAGACUUUGUGGAAUUGAUCUGACACAUACGUUCUCCAGCCAUGACACAAAAUGUAAACAUACCUAAAAAGGGAGAUAACCAGAAGCCAUUAAGCAUGGAGUAAGUGUAGUUGAAAGCAAGCAAGUUAAUGAAUGAAUGAAGGAGCAACAGGUUGUGGUUUUCAUUGUUGUUCGUUUUUUUCUUUGAAUGUUACACUGUCAGGGCGUCACAUGGUUGUGAAGCACAGCAAUGAUAUGGAAAUGUCUCAAAUGGAGUAGUGCCUCCGGGUUGUCAUAAAGGACCCCAUUGUCCAUUCCUCCGACUAAGAACUGCAAGGCUUCUAUGAAAUGGCCUGGUGUCGUUUUGCUGAUGAUCAAUAAAGUACAAAUGGUGGUGUUUAUUAUUAACCUAAA